AUGUUCCGCGGCUCCAAGCUCCUCCCGCCUCACGUGCUCGGAGACUUAGCGCGUCACAACAGAGGCACCACUUCAACAACACGCGACGACGGAACAUUGAUACCGCCAAUUGCUACGCCACCCAUCGCUAUGGCGCCAGUCGAUCGGCGCGAGCACCGGCAGCAACGCGUUCGCGGCGCAGGAGCCAGCCCGUCUUCCGUGCAGGCGUCUUUUGGCUUCAACUUCGGCGCUCUCGGCGCAAAAUCAGCGAAACAGGCCUCGCUCCCACCUCAACUAUCGUCCCGUCGAACACCAGUCCGCAACACACCACGCGGCGCGAAUGGCUCGGCUCAGCGACAUCGAAGCGCGUCAGCCCCGCGUAGCAGCUCAAAGCGCGCACACACGCCAAAAGGACAAACAGUGACCCCGCAAGUGGGCAAGAGAAAGCGGGGUUCGACGGUGGUGGAGCUCAGUGACGAUAAUGGCGAAGAGGAUGAGCUCAGUCCAGAUCGAGAAGAAGUCGUGCGCUCUAUCGAGAAGAGCAGGCGCGUGAUCGGCACCGUCUCACCCAUCCACGAGGAAGUCGAUGAUGCAAUAGACGAACUCUCGAUGCUUGGGGACGGUGGGAGCACCGUUCGCAAGUCCACCGUGGACGCACCAGCUGAAUCAAACGGGACGCCCAUGUCGGCACUUGCACAAAAGCGCAUAUUCUCUGGCCACACACUAAAACGAACACCAAUCGGAGACAAAAUUGGCAGCAUAGUCGCAACUUCAAGACAGUCCAUUACACGCAGGUCCAAGUCCAAGUCCACUGAUCCUGCGCCCGAGACGCCCAGUGUGGUACCAAAUGGCCGCCCACGUCUGUCAGUCGCAUCACGCUCUAGUGCAGCGCUCAAUACGCCAAGCGCACCACAAGCAGAAGACGAAAGCGAAGACGAACUCUCCCCAGCUCAGGCCAACGGCAGCACUCCGCGCAUUGUAGCCACUGAAGAGCAACCCGAAACCAGCGCCCAAGAUGAAGGUCAGAUGGAGGUUGACGAGCUCUCUUCACCAGCACAGCCCACGCCGGGCCAAACCACGCCGGCUGGACAGGAAGCGGUGAGAGCGAACGAAGCCGACCUCAAUGAUUCUAUCGAUCAAACAGCGACGGAGCUUCCUAAACGUCGUGGCCGCCCCCGAAAGGCCAUCCUGGCCGAUGAAGACGAAUCCCUUAGCGCACCAGUUCCUGCGAAGACUACAAAGCGCGGUCGCCCUGCGAAGGCUGCGAAAGCAACGGCGGUGGCGACCCCGGUAUCAAGAAGAUUGAGUAAGAAGGACACAAUCGCUGGUGCACAAGAGGAUCAGGAUCAGGAUGAGGAGCUUGACGAGCUUUCACCCGACAAGGAGCGCGUUGUCGAGUCGGCAAAACAAUCCGCCAAACGCAGAAGAGAAGUCUUGGAUGUCUCCGAAGGGGAGGAGUCGGACGCAUACGAGGAGCCUGGAUCAGAGGAGCCCGAACCCAUACCACGCAUUACCAAACGUCAAUCGCCCAAAGGAGCACAACAUGUUAAGCCAUCGACGGAGAAGCCACCACGGAAGCGUCACAGGUUCCUUGGCCCGAAGCACGCAAUAUCUGUCAUGCGUAUCAAAGGGUCUUCUGUGCGCGGCAUCACGGUUGCUGACACUACGCGUACCAUCCUUGAAGAAAAUAUCGAUCACCGUCUCAAUCGCAUGGCCGAAAAGCUGCAGACUUCCACAGAUUCCGCACGCCGCAAAGAGCUGCGCGGCGAGCUCAACAUGUCUCUGUCCUUCAAGGAAAGCCUGAAUGAAAAGUUGCUGGAUUUGCAAGACGCAAACGACGUUCUGAGCACCAACUUCAAGAAGAUGAAGCUAUUCAGGCGCGACAACGCCGAGUUGCGCAAAGACAUACUCGCGUUCCAGAACAACAGGCAGCAGAUCGCUCUCGAGCAUGAUGAUGUGCAAGCAAGAUACGAUGCAGAGAAGGCAAAGGCCGAUGCAAGGAACAAGCUCAGUGAAGACAUGUUCAGCAUUGAAGCCGCGAUACAGAACGGGCGUAAGAAGGCGCGGAAGGAGGGCCGAGAAAACGAAGGUCCUGAAGUCCCGCUCAGCAUGUUGCUCGGGAUGGUAGGAGACAAUGUGGGCUCAUCCGGUGGUGGUUUGCUCGGCAACGUCAAGUUCUUUAAUGGCGCACUAGAAAGAGCCGCGGGGUGGCUGGAAGGUCGCGCAUGA